CUUUAGUUUGGCCUAAACACCAACAAAGUUCUACGCAGUGAAACCGAAAGCAAAUUUUUUAAACUUUAAACAGGAAAAAAUUAAAUUUCAGAGUUAAAAUGUCUGAUGAUGAAUCAAAAGCUAAGGUUGCAGGCAGACCACCAGCAGUAAAAGCCGGUGGAAUGAGAAUAGUUCAACACAAAACUCCUAACACGGAAAGAGCUGCUAGGUCAUCACCACUUGAAGUAGUCGGAUUUAAUCAAAAUAAUCCAAUCGAUUCGGUGGAACAGAUUUCUACAAGUCCUAGCCAAAAGACUACGGUUGAAAGCAGCCAAGUGGCUCAUGCUCCAAAACCACCAGUGUCUGUUCCACAUAAGCCGAUGAAUAACAUUCAACAACCUCGCAAAUAGACUGGGUUCAUAUAUUUUUAUUCGAUUGUUUCCAUUUUCCGUACAAAACAAAAAUUUAUUAAAUUUUCCAACUUUGAAACAUCAAAGUAUAAAAACUUUACGAUACUGUGGGAAUUUAUUUUUUGAUACAAUAAAAUAAAAACAAAUGCUUACAGCAUUCUAAGUGGUUAUACCACAAUUUAAUCAUAAAAGA